AUGACGUUUCAUCAAAUCCUCACUCCGAUUUGCUCCCCAGAUGCAUCUUUUUCAUCUAUUUUAUCACUCUUCCCACUAGUAAAUGCUUCCCGUAAUCUAGAACACGGUUCACAUACCCAACUGAAUGCUGAUGACUCAACCCCAUAUAUUUGGCCAUUGCCUUCUGAGUUCAGUUUCGGGAAUCAAACGCUGGCGGUUGACCCUAAUUUGUCACUUGUUGUUAGUGGCAAUGGUGGGGGUUCUGCUAUUGUUAAUGAAGCUUUUGAGAGAUAUAAAUUGAUUAUAUUUAAGCACCAUUCUGAGUUAUCGAACUUUGGACGGAGCUAUGAUAUUGAAAAGCUUAAUCUUAUUGUUCAUUCCGCUAAUGAAGAGCUUCAACUUGGAGUGGACGAGAGCUAUUCAUUGUUGGUGGCCAAAAGAGACGAGCAUUCCAUUAUAGGGGAAAUUACAAUUGAGGCAAGUUCUGUGUAUGGUUCACUGCGUGGCCUAGAGACAUUGAGCCAACUAUGUGCUUUUGAUUAUGGAACCAAAACUGUUCCAAGUGUACAAAGCACCGUGGUACAUCCAGGACAAGCCAAGAUUUGA